GCUCGCGAUCCCCAGAGAAGGUUGUGCCUGCCACAUCACGGACGAGUCAGCUCACUGAUCACUUCCCCAGGUGGUAUAGCUGGACGUGCACACUUCCUCCGGCUCGCUGCACCGCCCGUCCCCUUUUGCCUCGCGUCUCUCCGGCCGGCCUUAUAAAAAGAGCACAACACCAGAUGAUCUACUCACCAGUCCCGAUCGAGAUCGAGGCGACAAGGAGCCUGAUGGCGGAGGAGGAAGCUAUCAUGGCGGAGCAGGAGGAGGAGGCUAUGACUUCGGUAGCGAAGGCGGCGCCGGUGACGGCCCAGCGGCCGGUCCGGGCUGACCUGGAGAAGUACAUUCCAAAGCCAUACUUGGCUCGAGCUCUGGUGGCGCCAGACGUGAACCAUCCUGAAGGGACCAAGGACGGGCACCAGCACAGGCAGAGGAGCGUGCUGCAGCAGCAUGUGGCAUUCUUCGACGAGAAUGGCGACGGUGUCAUCUAUCCAUGGGAAACAUACCGAGGACUUCGGAGACUGGGGUUCAACAUUAUCGUGUCUUUCAUUGUAGCAAUCGGCAUAACUCUUGGUCUGAGCUACCCAACUAUGCAUUCCUGGAUACCAUCUCCCCUGUUCCCGAUCUACAUCGACAGGAUCCACACACUACGGGAACGCGCCGAGCACGGCAGCGACAGCGCAACCAUUGACACCGAGGGAAGGUUCAUGUCGGUGAAUUUCGAGAGCAUAUUCAGCAAGAACGCCCGCUCGCGGCCGGACAAGCUCACCCUUCGCGAGAUCUGGACGAUGACCAACGACAACCGGGCGCCGUACGAUCCAUUUGGAUGGAUUGCGAGCAAGGGGGAGUGGAUACUGCUGUACAUGCUCGCGAAAGACGACGAAGGGUACCUGCCGAGGGAGGCGAUUCGCGGCUGCUUCGAUGGUAGCUUGUUCGAAUUCAUCGCCGACCAAAGGAAGAAGAAGGCACACGCGAAGCAGCACUAGCGUGCAGAGACAUCCCGGAAUUUCUGUUUUCGUGCGUGUGAUUGUAAGGACUAGCUACCACCUCAUAUAUGCCUAUGGACUAAGGGAGCGAAUGGACUAAAAGCUCAGGGAAUUAAAGACUUAAAGUUGUAUGUUCUUCAUAAAAUUUCAUCACCUGAGAAAGAAGUGUUGGAAAUA